UACAGCUUAAUAUUGUUGUUCUUGGAGAGAUGGUGGACCGGAUCAAGGAUUUUCUAGCAUCGAGCGAUCAACAACUGCCAAUAGUUAUUCUUCAAUUUGCAAGAGUAAAAAAUGCUGGAGGUACCAAUAUUGUGCAGAACAUUAUGUAUGGUACUGGACUCUUGAUAAAUCCAGAUAUUCCUGAGGCUUUGAUGCUUCGAAAAAGAGAGAUCUCGCAGUACCUGUCUGUGGUUUCUGGCAAACCAGCAUAUCUUGAUGAAGAUGAAGUUUUAUAUUCCAUUGGGAGGAAGAUAAUAAAGGAGUUACGUGCUGCUGCGGAUGUUGGAUUCUAUGUUGUUCGGGCCACUGUUCUUGAUGUUAAACCCGUUCCAAGUUGGUGGUAUAAAUCAUGUGUUUGCAGCGUGAAGGCAGAAGCUAAUGCAGAUGAAUACUUCUGCGAUGGCUGUAAUAGGGACGUGAAUAAUGUGGUUGACAGGUAUUACUCUAAUUAGAUUUAUUUGUGCAAUCUUUUCAUAAAAAUGCAAUAUAGUUAACUAAUUGAUUAUGUUGAUUUUUAAUGAUUUAGCAAUAUCUGGCUUAAUACUAAUAUUUAUUAAAAACAAAAACUGCUUUGGUUGAUGGAAAUCUGGUUUAGCCACAAAAAAAAAAGCUGGCAAACAAAGAUAGAGUGCACAGAAAAAAAUUCAUGUACCUACAACACUUUUAUACCAAAGUCUCCUUUGCUAGACUAAAAUCUAGAAAACUGAUAAAUCUAAAAAAAAUUGUGUUUGAGCAUCUAAAUUAUGUUGAAUAUCAUUUUUAUGAUUUUGUUGUAACUAA